AUGACACCAUCGAAGAAAGAUCAGAGAGGACUUGCGCCAAACAAUCAAAGUUCAGGUACUGCUAUCGCGAAGGGUGAGGAGAGAGAAUCCGCAGUCGGAGCGCAUCGAGGUGAAUUCGAAGAGCGCGGUGAUGUCAAGGAUGAAACGCAAACACCCCAAGGAGAUCACAUGUGCGAGAAAGGGAGUUACUUCAAGGAUUAUGAAGAAUACGAAGAGACAGAUGAAGACAUCGAAGAAGUACCGACACCGGCAAAGAGAAUUACAGGAGUCAGCCAUCGAAUGCCAUGCGUGAUCGCCGAAAAGGAGGUCAAAAAGCCAUACAGAGAAUCAGCAAGCAGCACUACAACACGGACGCGAAAGGAGCCGAUAUUGACAAAGUUUGUAACAUUCAUUUAUAAAAACCAAUCAGUAACCAUCGGGUCAGAACACUGGCGGUCUCGACUUGAGCAAUGGAGAGAUGAUCUCCAGGAUGAAGGUUUAAUCGGUGUUGUAUGGGAUGAACGUGCUGAACCUUGGAAAUACCAGAAGCGCUCGAAAGAGAGUAAAAAGAUGGGUGCAUAUAUCUGCGACUUCGAGACGCCAUCAGAAAAAGCUGGCUUAGUUCUCCACUGUCCUGUUGAACAUAAGGAAGACGAGCAGCGGAACAAUUUCACACCUCUUCACUGCCCAACUGAAGAUCAGGAAGAUGGGAGCCCAGAGAAAGAAAUCGUCAAAAUCUAUAUCGGCCCAGAAAGAGCAGUGAUCCGAGUUUAUAAGAAGGUUCUCUGCGAGAAAAUUCCAUACUUCAAAAAAUUCUUUAAUGGAACAUCCCAAGAGGCAGCAUCGAAUUCCGUUACAUUCCACAGUGGCGACUUUGAGGCUUUCCACGAUUUGAUGUGGUGGGUAUCUAAUGGGCACUUGCCUCCAUGGUCGAUUUAUCCUGAUGGCAAAGAAAUGGAUGAACGCAUGCAGGAUGAUUGUCCAGUCGUUCGGAUUCAAACGGAGUUCAAUUGGGGUGGGCUCUAUUUGCUGGCGAAGAGAUUGUGCGUGGAAAAUUUGAUGAAUCUCAUAACAGAUUAUGUCGUGAGAGCCCUGGAGUUAAACCGAGCCAUCCUGACGAAGGAGGACAUCGCUGGUAUCUAUAAGCAUACCCCAAAGAAUUGUGGCUUAAGAAGGCUAGCCUGCUAUAGCUUCAAUUAUGACCUAGAUCGGUGUCCUCCAGAGUUUUGGCCACGGUACUAUGACAUGGCAAAACGCAUCGAUGGCUUGGAGGAUGACUCUGUUGCUCUCAGGAGAGGACCACAUGGAGAAGUGGUAACCUUUACGGGCAUAUGGGACUUCCCACCAUGCAAGUUUCAUGACCACCUUGAUGGAGAAAUCUGUGACCAAAAGAAGUUGAAAGACCGGGAAGUAGGUAUAAGACGUCCUGAAAAGAUUCAUUAA